UGCAUGCCCGAUAGGCUUGAAAGAAGAAAAGUUAUAGUUCAUGGGAUGUUCAAAUACUAUUUUACUAUGAGCGAGGUUGACGACAGCUGCGACGAUCCUUCAACUUGUAGACCUUCUCUACCUCGCAUGAAAUCUUGUUUAAAAUCUCCUUCGCAUUCUGGCUCUGCCACCCCCGUAGAAUCUGACACGGACGAUGGCACUUGCAAGAAACAUGUCGCAUUUGGAACUGAACAAGUCUUUGAAGCUGAUGAGUGGGAUAGAACACCCACUGAAAUUUCACAACGUCUCUCAUACGAGGACGUACUUGAGCUCAAGAUGAUUCAACGUUCCCUGCCUCGUGCUCAGCAGAGUCACGACCCACUUUCAUCCAGGCCUUACUCUGGCGUAUUUCUUCGCAACGUACCAAUCCCACUCCUCCCACUAAAUCCAACAACAGUAUCAGCUUCACCGGCUUCACCACCAAUCUCACCACCACCAACAACAGGUUAUCCAGCGCUCGACCUUCAUCCAAAUUCAAUCUUAUUCGCGUCCCCGUCAAAGCAACGCUGUAGACCGAUCCAAUCAGCAGAGCUUAAGCCACAUAACAUACCAGUCCCACCUCCUCCCCUCCCUCCACCACGUACAACACCCUCUCCUCUCCCCCUAAUAAAGAGUAACCUCCCUCCCCGAAAACGCUUUGCUUUCAUCCCUCUUUUGGACAGCACAACCGCUAGUCCACCCCAGGACCCCUUCUCAGAACCAGAAUCAUGCUACAACUCAGACACAGACUGCUCCCUCUUCGCAUCAGACACCGAAUUCUCCACUCCCUCUCUCACAACUGCCUCUCUCGCCUCAAGUAGCCCACCAGAGUCUCCUGCUAAUAGCAAUACUACCAGUCCAAAUCUGGAAUGCGACUAUCCAGAAGAAGCCUUUAUCCUGAACUCGGACGUGGAUGAUGCUGCUGCUGAGGAUUCCUAUUAUCCCCAUAUGCACAACUCUAUGCGUGAACCUAUGCGCGAUAAAAUGUCGAUGCCUACCUCUGACAAGCCAAUAUCAAAUUUCCACCCACGCCGCACAUCAUCAGUGCCCUCUCCGAUAGACUUAGGAACGAUGCAGGUCAAGCCGUUGGAUGCACCGAUGAAGCCCGUGGGUCCACCAAGGAAGAGAUUCACGAUCCCUAUCGUAGCGCUCGCCGAGUCACCGUCUUCAUCUUUGGGGAUGGGCGGAUGCGAGUACACCCACUUGUGGGCUGGGAGCGAUGGACAAGGAAAUAGUCUAGGGCAGGGGAAUGGACAGAGACAAAAGAGCCCCUCGCGCUGUCAGUGAGUCGAGCUAUCAAGGACCUUGGUUCUCCCUUAUCUCCCCGCGCCUGGGAGGUAAAGCGGAGCGCGCUCGGAUCGCCCCUCACGUUGAUCGUUCUCAGGGCCGUCGUAUCUCUUAUUGCUUGGACUAGGACUCCCUCUUUUCCUUUUCUCCUUCUCUCUACACUGGACAUUGGAUUCCUGCGCUUGCUACCUUAUUCGAGUACAACGACGUUCCUUGAUCGUUUAUUCCAUCUAUUACUAUACACAGCGGACAUUCAUUCCGUAGCCACCUACCCACCGCCUCAUUCCUUCUGCCGCUCAUAUAUUUAUAGCUCGGACCCCAAGCUCCAACACAUCCCCAGCAUAGUACGCGCACGCUCACGCUCCGUCGACGCAUGUAUCAUAUCAUACCUCACUUCAACUCGUCUUACGGUUAGCUAUACACAUACAUACAUAGUAUUUGCUUAGACUUUUUUCUUAUUUGAUUUAGUUGAGUGGAACCUCAG